AUGGCAUGGGACCACCUUGACAUCGACAAGCCCCAUCUGGCUUACAUGAUUCUGGGCGGUUUCACAGGCCUGUUUAUGCUGUGCUCCCUGUUCGUCAAGGAGAAACUCUAUAUCGGCGAAGCCACUGUCGCUACCUUGUGUGGCAUUAUCUUCGGCCCGCAUGCUGCGAACCUCUUCAACCCUCACACAUGGGGAAAUGUCGACAAGAUUACGCUGGAAUGCUCGCGCAUUGUGCUGGUCGUGCAGUGUUUCGCCGUCGGCGUCGAAUUGCCCAAGGCCUACAUGGAAAGACACUGGAGGUCCGUCGUGUUUCUUUUGGUCCCCGUCAUGACCUGGGGCUGGCUGAUCACCAGUCUGUUUAUUUGGUGGAUGGUUCCUCCGUUGAAUUGGCUGGAGAGCCUGGUAUGUGCGGCCUGCGUCACGGCGACUGAUCCUGUGCUAGCGUCCUCGGUCGUCGGUAAGGGUAAGUUCGCCAAGCGAGUCCCGAAGCAUUUGCGUGACUUGCUCUCUGCCGAGUCUGGCUGUAACGACGGGAUGGCAUUCCCGUUUAUCUAUCUCUCAUUUUACAUCCUUCGCUACCGACCAGAUGCUGGAAAAGUUACUAUGAACUGGAUUUGUGUGACUAUUCUCUACGAAUGUAUCUUCGGUGCCAUCUACGGAUUCCUGAUCGGUUAUUUUGCGCGUCAUGCUAUCAAACUUGCUGAGCGCAAAGGCUUAAUCGAUCGUGAGAGUUUCUUGGUGUUCUAUUUUGUUCUCGCAGUCUUCUGUGCUGGCUCCGGCAGUCUUCUGGGCAUGGACGACUUGCUCAUUGGGUUCGCCUGUGGUGUUGGAUUCAGUAACGACGGCUGGUUCACAGAGAAAACCGAAGAAUCGCACGUGUCCAACGUUAUCGAUUUGCUGCUUAACUUGGCCUAUUUCGUCUACUUCGGAUCUAUCAUUCCGUGGGAGCAGUACAACUCGCCCGAAAUUGGCUUGGUGCCGUGGCGAUUAGUUGUCAUAGCACUGUUGGUCAUUUUCUUCCGCCGAAUUCCUAUCAUGUUGCUUCUGAAACCGCUAAUACCGGACGUCAAAACAUGGCGUGAGGCACUUUUCGCUGGUCACUUUGGCCCCAUUGGUGUAGGCGCUAUCUUCGCCGCAAUUCUCGCCCGAGCCGAGCUCGAGACGGAUAGUACACAGCCUUUAUCCGAGAAUGAAUUACCAACGGCCGGGACGAAAGACUACUAUAUUGUACAGCUAAUUUGGCCUGUAACCACGUUCAUGGUCAUCUCAUCUAUUCUGGUCCACGGGUCGUCCAUUGCUGUCUUCACACUUGGCAAGCGUAUCAACACCUUGACCGUUACGCUCUCCUAUACCCAAGCCAACGAAGAAGGGCCAUCUUGGAUGAACCGUCUGCCUCGAGUGCAGUCUGUUGCGAAGGGCUCUAUGUCAUUCCGCAAAUCUGAAGACAUGGAAGCAUCCUCUGAGGAGAGGCUGCCGGACUACCCACCUGGUACUUUGCCUCCGAUCGGAAUGCCUGGAAACUUCCUUCGGCGCCAGCGUGACGAUGAAUCCGAAUCUCCAUCCACGCGGUCCAACGCCCCACCCGUUCGACGACGGAAGAAGAAGCAUCGCAAGCAUCACGACGCGGGUGGCCCCAUUACCGAGACUGCCAUCACUCCUCGACGUCGUCUUGAGCAAGCCCCAGACGAAGAAAAGAAAGAACUGGAGGAAAGAGACCAGGCUGAGCGCGGCGCUUCGCCUCCUAAUGCCGAGCGUGACCAUUUCGGUCGGGAGCCGGAGAUCGAAGUGUAUCAGGAGGGCAAAGACCUGAUCAUUGAAGAUGAAGAAGGCAACGUGCUUAAAACCGAAGAUACCUCCAAACUUACAGCCGAGGAGAAGGAACGGAUUAUCGAGGAGCAACGAGCCAGGCUCGAGCAAGACCGCACCGGCUCCCUUGCACCGUCUCAAAGCAAACCCCACGAAGGGAAGACCGAGGGCGACAAAAAGGCGCGGAGCCGAUGGGCCGCCUGGACUGGCUACGGAACGACCUGGGGCAAGGACAAGCAACCCGACGAAAAGCCUCCUGCCGAGCCUGCUCCCAAAGCCAAGCCUAAGUCUGCUCACGCUUACCAAUUCGGUAAUACCAUCAUUGUCGAAGACGAGGAUGGAGAAGUCAUCAAGAAGUUCUCUAUUCCUGCCAGUGAGAAGCCAAGCAAACAAUCCAAACAAUCCAAGUCCGAAAGCGAAGCGGGGCCUUCGUCAUCCCAGAACCCACCGCGACGACGGGGCCUGGGCCGCAUGGGAACUUGGCUCGGUAAGGAAGAAGAAGGCCAGUCAUCUCAGACGAAGCAGAAGCCUGCUUCUCGUGUGGACACCGACGACUGGGCCACGGACGAUGGGCUGCGAUUCACCCUGGCAAAUAGCACCGACGUUGACUCGCAUGGUAUUGGCCACAAGGGCCGCCGUAUGAACAAGCACGAGUUCUUCCAGCAAAUCAAGGGCAUGGACGCGAAAUCUCGUCGUGACGUCGUUCAACAAACCGACGCUCCUGCCCCAGUGCAGGCAGCAGCCAGGGAGGAUGUCAAACGUGAAGAACAUACCGAGCGCCGUCUAUCAGCCGCCGCUGCCAGCGCUACCGCAGGCACUAUCCCUGAAGACGGGGAAGUGGAGUCCGAGUCCGUCUCCGAUAGCCAGCUCAGUAGUGAGGAAGAGUCUGGCACUGACCGCGAAUAUGCUCCUCCAAACGUCGCGUCCUCGGUUGCCAAACUCACCCGCGGCUCUGCUGCCCAUGAGCGUCGCAGCAAUCUCAGCCCCGCACCCCGUGCCCGCGCUCGCCGUGACUCCGAAGACGAUGGAACUGAGCGUGUUCCCCCUUCCCGCCUCCGCCAAGCUGCUGGCCUCGGAGCUGCACCCAAGCAGCGUGAAGACGACACUGGCGAAACCCCCGCCGAACGACGUCGUCGUCUCGCUGCCCUGGGCGAGAUCCGAAGCGACUCGGAAUACGCGUCCGAUGACGACGAGGAGGCGAUCGAAUCUGAUAGCGAAGAUGACGGCGAGCCUCGUCAAGUCGCCAACAAGGUGCAAUUCGCAGAUGCCAUGCGGCCAUCAGAGAGCAAGUCGAGCCCUGAAGCACAAUCCUCUGGCUCUGGCUCUGGCUCAGGCUCAGGUUCAGGCUUCAACCGUGGUCACAAACCCCGCGUCUCCUGGGGAGGCGAGAAGGGACGCGAUAAAUAA